GCAUCUUUCAAACAUAUGGGUUUCCAUGCUGAGGCAGAGUCGAAGACCCAUCAACCUUGCGCAGCUUGCAGGAUGCUACGCCGUAGAUGUGACAGUAAGUGCCUACUUGCUCCAUAUUUCCCAACUCACGAGGUUGAAAAAUUUGUUGGAGUGCAUAGGGUGUUCGGUGCUAGCAACGUCAUCAAAAUGAUUCAGAUAGUGGAGGAGACAAAGAGAGAGGAUGCUGUUAAAGCCAUGGUCUAUGAGGCCACGGCAAGGCUUAGAGACCCAGUUUAUGGCAGUGCUGGUGCUAUUUUCCAGCUGCAAAAGAUGAUUCAGGAACUGAAGGCGCAGCUGGAAUCGAUAGAAACUCGGGUCUCAGAGCAGCGAGAACAAAAAGAGCAGCUGUUGAGCAUUCAUAAUGAACACGCUCACGGCCAUCUUGACACUGUCUUUCCAAUCAAUGACAACCCUAUCUUUGAUGGUUACGGUACUUUAGUAGACUUUGAUCAUCCCAUGGCCGGUGAGCCACUUGAAUUUCCUGUAGAAGGUGACUGGGUACUUAGCAAUAUUAAUAAUAUCCACCUGCUAGAGAGAACUUGA